CUGGCGCCUCUAUGAUUUAACAUGUUGUAAGCCACUCGAAACCAAGCUCGGCCACCACUUAGUUUCGAUUAUCACGUUGUCUUAAUUCUGCACACGUGUUACUUUUAGCUGUUAUCGGCUGAUAUUCUUGAUAAACAUUCUUUCACACACUGCCCCUCACACCUCAACACACAACGUACCUUCAGGCUAAACACAAAGCCGUUGGGAGUCAAACUCUAUAAUGUUGCCUUCAGAUAAUGAUCCAAGUCAUCUACAUUGCUCAUCUCCAACAUAUGUUCAUGAUACUGAAAAUCAUGUGUCUAGGACUUUCGCAAAUUCCUCCGCAGAUUUCCAUAAGUAAGUAUUUUUAAAUCACCCGUAAGGUUUAUGCUGCCCCAGGAAACGAAAAUCAAAGUGGACUAUCGACGAUAUAGAUAUUGGGAGGAAACUCGGAGAAGGUCGCUUCGGUUCAGUGCAUCUUGCGAGGGAAAAAGCUAGUCGAUUUGUCAUUGCUUUGAAGAUACUUUUAAAGCCUAGACUAGUAACAAAGGAAUUAAUGAAACAAGUGCAACGAGAAAUAGAAAUACAGUCACAUCUAAAACACCCAAAUAUUGUUCGUAUGUACAGUUAUUUUUAUGAUAAGAAGCGUAUUUAUUUGGUCCUUGAGUAUGUACCUAGGGGGGAGUUAUCUAAAGAAAUCAAUCGCUUUGGUCAUUUUGGAGAUAGUCGCGCAGCAACUUACGUAUACCAGCUUUCCAAAGCUCUUUCUUACUGUCAUCAAAAUGAUGUUAUACAUCGAGAUAUCAAACCAGAAAAUAUACUUCUUGGAGCUCGCGGUGAAGUGAAGAUUGCGGAUUUUGGCAGCGCAGUGCACUUACCAGCUUCACGACGUAUGACUACUUUUGGUACGCUCAAUUACUUGGCUCCCGAAUUGUUCCAUUUGGAGUGUGUUCAUGAUCAUCGUGUAGACAUAUGGAGCUUGGGAAUACUCACUUUCGAGAUGCUUACCGGUCAUUUACCGUUUGAUGGUGAAACCUUCGAGGAGAUCUCCGAAAAGAUCCGAAAUGCUGAUGUUUCAUAUCCAGAUACAUUAAAUCUGGGUGCGACGAAGCUCAUUACUAGUAUGCUCAAAAAGUUGUCAAGUCAAAGGGUUUCUUUAAAUGAAAUCGAUAAUUAUGACUGGAUUAAAAUGCAUGCUGAAUUUUCUGUCAAUCAAUGCAGAGCAGCUCUUCAAGAUUGGGAAAAUGUUAAUAAUCAAAAUUCUACUUGUCCUUCAUCUAGUAGUUACGAGUGCUCAUCUACAUUUGUAAAUACAUUUUUAAACGAUUGAUGUUUUCAUAUAUUUCACAUUGCAUUACCAUUUGUUGUCUUUCAGGAUAUCUUAAUAUAACAAUUAAAAAGCUUAUCAUUUUAAUUAUAAAUGGUUAUCAUUUUUACCAUAAUCUGUAUGCUCAUAUAUACAUGUAUUUGCGUGACAUUAACCUCUUUCACUAUUCUAUCAUAAAUACUUGAUAGACAUGUUUUAUGUUAUUAUUACGUAUAUCUGUAAAUUAAUUACACAUAUUUAUCGCUGAUUCAGCAACAAACCAAUAUUUGAAGAAUGUUAUUGUUGCAUAUUUAAUUUAAGGAAAAUUCUGGGAGUCUGAACUUUUUCAUUACUUAAAUCUUGGGGUAUUGUCUUAAGAUUAGUAAAGUUGUACAAUUUGAAAUUAAUUUAUUUAAAAGAUUUACUUAAUGAGAUUCCAUCUUAUCUAUAUACUGACCUCUUUGUAAUCUAGUGAUGAGAUAUCCGGUUAACACAUUAAGCGGUUGUGGUAAUUUUAAAAGCUC